AAAUACUUCAACGGUAAACACACUCAACAUGUAAUCCAAUCAAAACGAACAUCCUUGUCACAUGGUGUAGUGCACUUCCUGUUUUUUUCCGAUUUGUCUGACUGAAUGAGGAAGCAUACACAACAAGAUAGAAAAUGAUACAUUUAGUAGCGGUGAUACAGUUUUGACUCUGAGAGAAAAUAGGGUACAACUUCCCCCCCAGGCCUAGCCAGCCAAACGGCUGACUGACAGAAUUACCCAUGGCAAAUUGCAUACCAAUAUGGCAAAACAAUAUCCACCUACGCUGUAUCCAGUCUAGUCUGUAGACUAGCCGUUUAAAUCCAUCGUUGUCCUUCAAGUAAGCUGACGCAUGUCGCGGAUCAGAACCACGCUGGACACCGUUACCAAAGCAGUGGGAAGCACGGACCUCAUCUCCAAGUUCUCUCGCCUUAAAACCAGUUCUGGAUUCGGCUCCGCCUCCCAUGCUGAUAAGGUUGUCGGGCAAGAGGAGUCUCCUGCCAGCGAGUCCGUUGCCUCUGGAGAUAUGAAACCCCCCGAGGAGGACAAGGGGAAAGUUCCAGAACCACCGCAGCAGGAGCGAGAGGGGAAGCAACAGCAGCAACAAGAGAAGCACUCUGCAGAGAAGCCCUUUAUGACACCUAAGCAGGUACCAUCCCAUGUGGUAGCUAAUGCAACCUGCACAGGAUCCAGCUCCUCCAUGGUGGCCAAGCAGACCCUGCAACUCUUUCACCCAGCAGCGCUGUCUGCCAACAUUGAGGAUACCUACAGCUACCUGUCCCAGCACGUCAACAGCUACUUUGGCAGCAAAGCACCCGAAGAUGACGGCAAGAGGGUUCCUCAGAGGCAGGACAAUCCCCCAGCAGCUUCUCUGGCUGUUGGGCCUAGCCUGGUGCAGAAGAGGCCUGGGGACCAUAUCCCUGUGUUGGUCCCUGUAGCUGAGGCCAAGGCCAUAGAAUCUGGUUCUCCUCCUCCCACUGAUCCAACCUCAGGACAAGGCAGCCCAGCGUCAGGUGUACCCACCUCAGAGCCACCACCUGCAGACAGCAAUGCCACAGUCACCCCUGCCCCAACCACCUCCCCCAAGAAGGGAAUUAGCCAGUACCUGUCUUACCCCGGGCCCAGCGUUCAGGCCUUCGUGGGCAGCUACUUCGCCCCACUGGUGCCUAAAUUCAGGGCGGAAACUAAGAGCGUUACUGUGGAGAAGGAGGACUUGUCUCCUGUCGACGGAGACUUGGCUAAGAAGACCAGAGAGAAGGCAGAGAAGGAGGAGGAGAAAACUGCAAAGGACAAGGCUAAGCAGCUCCUGAGCCAGAGAGAGAAGAUCAUAGCCAGGGUGAGUGUGGACAACAGAACCAGAGCUCUUGUCAAGGGUCUCCAGAGGGUGACGGAGGUACGGCUGCUGACCAACAGGGUGGAGGAGCUGGGAUACCACCUCCUGGAGUUCCCAGAGACACGAGGAGUGGCCGUCAAGGAGCGCGUGCUGCCGUGCUUGCUGCGUCUGCGCCAGGCCAGGGACUCCUCCCUGCAGGCUGCUGUCCAACAGGCCCUGGCCCUGCUGGGCUACACCGACCCCGUCAGGGCCAGGGGGAUACGGGUCCUGGCUAUCGACGGAGGGGGAACCAGAGGCUUGGUGGCUCUGCAGACUCUCCACAAGUUGCAGGAGAUGACCGGCAAGCCCGUUCACCAGCUGUUUGACUACAUCUGUGGGGUCAGCACAGGUGCCAUCCUGGCCUUCAUGCUGGGGGUGUACCGCUACCCCCUGGACGAGUGUGAGGCACUGUACAGGAAGCUGGGCUCCGACGUCUUCAAGCAAAACGUCAUCGUAGGGACAGUGAAGAUGAGCUGGAGCCACGGCUUCUACAACAGUGAGACCUGGGAGGACAUCCUCAAGGAGAGAAUGGGAGAGUCCUUGAUGGUAGAGUCUGCCAGGGAUCCAAAAUGCCCCAAGGUGUCAGCAGUGAGCACGAUAGUGAGCCGUGGGCUCCCUCUGAAGGCCUACGUGUUCAGGAACUACAGCCUGCUUCCUGGGGUCAGGUCCCAUUACCUGGGAGACUGCAGACACAAGAUGUGGCAGGCCAUCAGAGCCUCCUCUGCAGCUCCCGGGUACUUCCAGGAGUUUGUCCUGGAUAAAGACCUGCACCAGGACGGAGGCCUCCUGAUCAACAACCCCACAGCGCUGGCCAUCCACGAGUGCAAGCUGUUGUGGCCCAACACGCCCCUGCAGUGCGUGGUGUCCCUGGGCACGGGCCGCUACGAGUCAGCCGGCAAGAACAACCAGACCUCCACCAGCCUCAAGGCCAAGAUCACCAACGUCAUCAGCUCAGCCACCGACACAGAGGAGGUGCACACCAUGCUGGAUGCUCUCCUCCCCCCCGACACCUACUUCCGUUUCAACCCCUACAUGACCGAGGACAUCCCGUUAGACGAGAGCCGGCGCGAGAAGCUGGACUUCCUGCAGAGCGAAGGGGAGCGCUACCUGAUCCGGAACGAGGACAAGCUGAAGAAGGCGGCUAGCGUGCUGAGCCAGGAGAAGAGUGCUAUCCAGAGGCUGGCGGAGUGGGCCAGGCUCAAGGCUGACAUGUACGAUGGACUUCCCUUCUCUAAGCUCUAGAGGCCAUGUGUACAGUACACUGUCAGAUCGACAGCUAAAGGUUUAAGAUUUGAUGAAUUGUACUAAAGGUGUGUGGGUGUAGGUGUGUUUGGGUGGGUGGGUGGGUGUGUGUGGUAGACAUGAGGAUUUGUGAAGGGAACUACCUACCAUCGCUACCUAGCAUGUAUAGUACGUCCAAUUACUGUAAGUAUUUGUGAGUUACUGACCUUUCACCCGCACCUCGUGUCUGGUAACUUGAAGUAGGUGUUAAAACACGUUAGGCAUGUACGACAGUGUUAACAAGCAUGCUGCCUUUCACUUCACUUCUCAAAGAAGACAAGCACUUUGUAUCUCAAUUUAUCUUACCUUAUGUCUCGUGUACAUAGUUUGAUAAUUAGAUUUUGAUUAUCAAUUAAUUUAUAUCAUGCUAUCGAUUUUAAAUUUGAUGAUAGACUCUGAGUGUAGUCUAUUUUGAUUAAGCUUGAGAAUAUGAGUGCUGACUUUAUCCCUCAUUCAGUGUCUGAUACCAGAGAACAAUGACUAAUGUUACAAUGAAACUAAUAUGUAAUAGUAAUAGAAAACUUGAUACAGUGUAAUUCACCCUUGGAGGGGAUUCAUUUAGUUAAUACUUGUGCUUUGCUACUGUGUGAGGACACAGAGCAUGCCCCAUACUCAUCAGCCAGGAACCAAUCACUGUCUUUCAUCCUGUCAUUGUUUGCUGACUUAUAAAAAUGAAAAUCUUUAGUAUUACUGAUAAUAUAAAUUAUCAUUCCAUGAAAAUUCAAUAAAUGUUUUUUGAAUUGUA